UCUCCCCCAAGUGGAGAAACAAAUUAUAGACGGCCAAGUUGUUGCGGAAGUGACAACAUUUCGGAAAACGACAGAUGACAGCGAAAUAGCUAUCGUAAAUGAAAUUGUUGUCCACAAAUAAACUGUACAAUAAAGACGUCGACGAAAAGGCUGCUGGUCCUAAUGUGGAGGCGGAGCAGAACUUGCGUUGAGCACCUACCUGUGUUGCCAUGGCUUCACCCCCCUUGUUCCUGCUCCUCCUGGGCCUGACCCCUAUGCUCCGUCUGACUGUUCAUACCCUCCACACGUCCGCCCCUCCCGCGGCUCCUCCACCCUCAUGUGGGCCGGGCCAGUCCUGGGCCGUCCGGUUGCACACAGACUCAGAGCUGCUGGAGGCUGACGGCUCCACCCUGCACGAGCUGGCCAGCAUGGUGGCUGAGCAGGCUGGCCUGGAGAACAGGGGCCAGAUAGGGCAGCUGGAGGGCCACUACCUGCUCUGUGCCGGCCCUGAGGAGGAGGGCAGAGCGGGGGACGUGCUGGCAGCCCACCCUCAUGUGCUCUGGCACUCCCAAGAGCAGGUCCUCAGCCGCUCCAAGAGGGCAAUGGCCUUCAACGACCCCAGAUACCCCUUACAGUGGCACCUGCACAACGAUGUCAGGGAGGGCAUGGACAUCAAUGUGACUGGUGUAUGGGAGCACAACAUCACAGGGACAGGGGUGACAGUGGUGGUCGUGGAUGAUGGGGUUCAACACACCCUCCAGGAUAUUCAGCCAAACUAUAGUCCAGAGGGCAGUUAUGACUUGAACUCCAACGACCCGGACCCCAUGCCCCACCCGGACGCCCUCAGUGACAACCACCACGGCACGCGCUGCGCCGGGGAGAUCGCCGCCGUCUCCAACAACAGCUUCUGUGCUGUGGGCGUGGCCUACGGCAGUAAAGUGGCAGGUAUCAGAGUCCUGGAUGGUCCGCUCACAGACAGUAUGGAGGCGGUGGCUUUCAACAAGCACUACCAGAUCAACGACGUCUACAGCUGCAGUUGGGGUCCUGAUGAUGAUGGCCACACUGUUGAUGGACCACACCCCUUGGGCAAGGCAGCGCUGCAGCACGGCGUGAUUGCUGGCAGAAGGGGCUUCGGCAGUAUCUUUGUCGUCGCCAGUGGCAACGGAGGCCAGUACGAGGACAACUGCAACUACGAUGGCUAUGCCAACUCAAUCUACACUGUUACCAUUGGAGCAGUAAAUGAGGAAGGGAAGAUGCCCUUCUAUGCUGAGGAGUGUGCCUCCAUGUUGGCUGUCACCUUCAGUAGUGGGGACAGAACGCUACGCAGUAUUGUGACGUCAGACUGGUCACUGCAGCAGGGCACGGGCUGUACUGACGGGCACACGGGCACCUCUGCGGCGGCACCCCUGGCGGCUGGCAUGGUGGCUCUGAUGCUGCAGGUCCGGCCCUGUCUCACCUGGAGAGACGUGCAGCACAUCAUCACCUACACAGCCACACAGUAUGAUGUGCAAGGGGAUUGGAAAAUCAAUGGAGCGGGCUUCCACCACAGUCACCAGCACGGCUUCGGCCUGCUCAACGCCUGGCGGUUGGUCAACGCUGCCAAGGUGUGGGAGAUGGUGCCGUUCCUAGUGUCCUAUCAGAGCCCAGUGCUGAAGGAGGAGGAGCUUAUUCCAGCCUAUCCGGAUCAACUCAACCUAACCUGGAACGUCACUGCAGCUGACCUCAGGCAUUCCGGGAUGCAGACCUUGGAGCACGUGUCUGUCACCUUGACGAUGGUCCAUUCUCGCCGUGGCAACGUGGAGAUUGUACUACUCUGCCCCAGUGGCAUGACCUCACUCAUCGGGGCGCGCCGUACUCUGGACAUGGAUACCUCUGGUUACUCAGACUGGACGUUCUCUACUGUGCGCUGCUGGGGGGAGAGAGCCGAGGGCCAGUACAGGCUGCAAGUCUCUGACCACAAUGACCCUGGGUUGACCCUGGGCUCUCUGAAGCACUGGAAGCUCACUCUGUACGGCUCCUCUCUGUCCUUCGAAGAGGUCAAGGAGAGACAGAGUGUAGUGGAGGAGGCUAUGGGGGGGCAGUAUCUGGACAGCAGUUUCUCCUUGCCCUGUCCUGCAGGCAUGGACAUCCCCUCUGAGACGGUCAGCCCGUUCACCUCCAAGAGCCUCAAGUCUCUGCUACUGCUGGGCUGCUUUGCUCUCUUCUGGUCCUUGUACUACACCCUGGAGGUGACCCUGGCCAACCUGGACUUUAGGGGACUGUGUCGGCGGGGCAGGGGGACGCGGGGCUCCCGCGGGGGCCGGGGGAGAGGCACUGGAACUCUGGGGGACAGCUCUGAGCUGGAGAUGCAGAGUGUGUUGGACUCAGAGUACAAGGUACCCUUCAUCACUGGAGACACUGCCACAUAACACUGGAGAAAACCUCUGUCCUUUCUCCUUACGACAUCGCACCCGCUGCUCAACAGUCUGGGCCUGGCACCAGUGGGGCCAACUGAACUGAACUGGAGACUGAACUAUGUGGGCUGGAACUGUGUGCUCACUGGCCAACCCAUUGCUCCCCAAGCCUGUGGCCUUUUAUCAGUGUUGCAGUGCCCCAUGUGUGUGUGAAUAAGUGUACUGCGGUGGAGCAACCUAAACCCCCUGGAUCUCUCAGGACCCUCCGGUCUCACCUAGCCACCUAGAGGUGGCAGUUUGACUUGGUCUUUGGUUUGGAAUAUAUAUCACUAGUUUGGUUCAGUCCCAUACCUGGGUCUUUUAGUGUAGGAUUAGGUGUGCCGGACAACCAGACAGAGCAUCACUCCCGGGGCGGUUUCCUGGACAACCAGACAGAGCAUCACUCCCGGGGCGGUUUCCUGGACAACCAGACAGAGCAUCACUCCCAGGGCGGUUUCCUGGACAACCAGAAAGAGCAUCACUCCCGGGCUGGUUUCCUGGACAACGAUUAAAGGCUAAUCUUGGUCAGGAUUAGGUUUAGUCUGGGUUUAUGGCAAACUUCUAAAGUUUAUUAGGUGUGUACCAUGGGAAGGCAUUACAAUGCUGUGUGUGUGUGAAUGUGUUUUAAAAUGUAAAUGGUGUUUGGUUUUGAGGAUGUGUGUGAGUGCUCUUGAUUAUGGUUACUUUAAGUUAUUUUUUUAAAUUAAAGGUGUUACUCAUAGGAUUUUAUAAAAAUGUCCAUAAUACACUGUGUACAAAACAAACACCUAUUAUUGAGUUACACCCUCCCUUUUGCCCUCAGAACAGCCUCAUUUUGUCGGGGCAUGGACUCUACAAGGUGUCAAGCAUUCCACAGGGAUGAUGGCACAUGUUGAUGCCAAUUAUUCCCACAGUUGUCAAGUUGACUGGAUGUCCUUUGGGUUGUAGAACAAGUUGCUUUCGGUUUUGAUCCACCAGCAUCAAACAGCUGUAAAAUAAUGUAUUUUUUGCAACGAUUGAGAUGGUACAAUGGUUCCCAACACUAUUCAAUGCUUGUUUUUGCAUAUAAAUUGAGCGAACAGUGUAGAAUUUGAGCAGCUAGGAAAUAAACAAUUUCCACUAGAUAAGUCAGAACAGCUUUCCUAUUUUAACAGAUGCCGUUCUGGUGGGAGAUUAUUAUAGGUAAGAUAAUGUGAAACACUAUUAGCGCCAGAUUUUAUGGACAUUUUCUGAAAUUACAAUACAAAAAAUAAAUCCUAUGUGUAGAAACUUUAAAGCUACAAUAUGUAACUAUUUGGGUGACCUGACAAAAUGUGAGAUAUUUAAUUCCUAUUGAAAGCAGUAUAAGAAGCAGUAUAUCUGUUCUGUGUGUGCCAUUUCUAUGCUUCCCAUUCUGAAGUUUUGUUUUUGCUUCUUUUGCUUUUGGACACCAACUUCAAACAGCUGAAUAUACAAUAUUUUUGGUUAUGGAAAAUAUAUUUCCCGACUUAGAUGGUACAAUGAUUCUCUACACAAUGGCGGUUUUGUCACAAACUGAAAUUAGGGGAACUAUUCUAAUUUGAGCAAACAGGAAAUGGUGGAGCGAUUUCUGCAUAGUGCACCUUUUAACUUAAUUAUUUUGUCAACAGACCCGUUUGGGCGUGGUGGUUUUGGAAUGUUAUUUUGUGCAGACUAUAUACAUUUUUCUGGUACUUGAGCUUGAUUUGGGGGUUGAAUGUGUUUUGUAUCAACUGUAAUACGUUACAAUCAACAAUAUUUUGGAGUUUGAUUUUUUUUUUUUUAUGAACUGAAACAGAUUAUAUGUGUUUACUGGACUAAACUGGAAGCCUGUUCCGGUCACAGCUUGACUGAGUAAAAUUAAUUGGAGUUUCAGGCUGGAUCAUUCCCAUCAUUUCCCUUCCAAUCAUACUAGAGGAAUUUAGGACGAAGUCAGUGCUAUCACCGGCGUGUUUUGGACGUCUAACCCCUUUUUUAAACAUUGUCUGACCUACAACAGCUGGGUUGUUGUAUUAGUCUGUGUGAUUAACGGGGGUUGAGGUAGAGUGGUGUUUGAGACGAGGGCGGAUCCCGAAAAAUGGUUAUUCUCAUAAAAAAACGUGUGAGCGACAAUCUAUUAGAAGCUGACCCUAGUCGUUAGAAGGGAAGAGGUUCUUCUACAUAGAUCAUUGGAAAUCCCAGGACAGUCUUAUCCUGUAAUUAGCUCAUAGUUUGUCAAACUCUCAACUUGUCACUGACUAAUUGGAUAUUAAUUUCCCACUGAGCAAACAAUUUCUGUACUUACAGCAUUCUUAUGCAUUGUUUGCUUAACGAUCCUUAUUUGUGCAUUGACAUUUGUCAAUAAAACUCAUGGAUGCAAGUAUUUAUGUCAAAUGGUUUUUUCCACUUGAAGCCCUGGUUGUCCUGAAAAGACACUGGUAAAACACUUCAAUGUGAGGCUAAAUAUGAGGGCAGAGCAAGCAGUGAAAUUCAGUUCACUGUGGGAGGCCUAGGACAAAUGGAGUCAAUAAGACUAUGUACAAAAAUAUGGCUCUGUUAAGAGGUCAUAGCAGCUGUCCGGGAAUGGUACAUACAGUAUUGCACUGUUAACUUAGUCAUCCAUGACACAAUGAAGACACAAUGAACUUCAACCUAAUAUCCUUCCUUUUUAUUUGGUAUUUUUCAAAUGAUCUCUCAAUGUUUCUACAUUUGGAUAGAAUGUCCUUGUUCUAAGAAGACAGCUUAGUUGCUUCAGUGCCUUCUCUAUGAUUAAAAUAUCAGUAUCAUGUAAACAUGAGAAUUGCAUUUGAGGAUGAGUGAUUGACAGCUGUAUAUGCAUGUUGUCCCUUUCACCUUAAGCCUCACUUUUCACAUAUGGCAUUUGUAGUGUGGAUUUGGGUUGUAAGAUUGGGCUGGUCAAGGUUGGUCAUAGUGGUGUGUGAUACUAGUGAGACUUCCUACUACACUGGGAUAAGGUUGAGUUGAGGCAUUAAGACAAUCUGUUGGGCCUGUUGUAGCUGCAGUGAGAGGGCGAAGGGGGGAGGAGGGCAGUGCAGGGUGUGGUGGAGAAGGGAGGGGAAAGGACAAGGGUCAGUGGUUUGGUAUUUAUUAUUGAAUCUGUCGGGUGGCCCCGUACGACAUGCCAGUUUGGCUGGCCCCUUUGUUAGAGCCCAUCUGCAGGCCAAUCACACCCUUCCCCGCCUUCAGCUGGUCGUCUGUGAACUCCCUCCGGUUCUCCUGGGCUUUCCUGCAAGGGCACAUGGACGAUGAACUCAAAAACACACACUGGCACAGCACAAUACAUACUCCAGCUUUAAAACAGCCACAGCACUGGCUGAAUACAUGAGCAAUGCAACAUCAGCAUUCUUCUAACUCACUUGAAGAACCAGUUGGGGUCGCCGUGGUAGUUGCCGUCAUCCUUGGUGACAGCCACACUGCCAAGGGACAUCAGUGUCCUCUGGACUGCAGCUAAAUCCUUCCCUGUCACCAUAAAAUCACAGCAGGGUUUAUAAGUCGCCACACCAUAGCGACAGUACACUACACCGUUGUAUGUGCCCACCACUACAUCUGCUGUUAUGUGGCAUAUUUACUACCCUGUGUUGUCAUUGUGAUUGUUUGAUGAUAUGCCAGAUGGACAUGCUUUGCGAACCUUCCCAGAGGUCCACGGUCUGGAACAUGUCGGUCUUGAUGACACCGAAGCUCUCAGCAGCAGUUAGGAACUGUGAGAUCUGCUCCAUCUGUUUGAAGGCCAUGCUUGAGCUGGCUAUCUUCUUGAUGGGCUUGUUGUCCUUAUGCAGGCUGUUAAUGAGCUCACUCAGGACCUGGGGAAUAGGAACAUAAACACAAGAGUAAGUUGGCAGAAAAUAACCACCUGUACCGUCAUAUACUCUUGUGGGGUCCCCCAAGGUUCUAUACUUGGCCCAUUGUUGUUUUAAAUUGUAUAUGAUCUGAUUUCCAAAGUGUUUGUUUCUCCGUUCUCUACAUAAAUCUUUAGAUCGAAUAAAGAUGGUCCAAAUAAAUGGCUCAUAUGAAUUCUGUUAA